UGAACCGGUCAAAACUUCAAACAGAAAGAAAGCUAAACUAAAAAAAGAAACAAUAUCCAAAACCUUAUCUCUUUCUUAUUUUUCCCUGAUGACAGGCUUCGCCAAUAACAUCCUCAAAACCUCACCUUUUUCAUCAACAAAAACCAUUCUCGCCGCUGCAAAACCCACUUUCUCCAGGCUUCUUUCGCCGCUUCCAGACUCCUUUAACAAGACCCGUUUCAGAGUUUCACCACCCAAACUCAUAACUAACUCCGUUUCUGUUUCUGUUUUUGCUGGGUCUGUUUCCUGGAAAAGCCGUACCUGUCGUGCUCGGUUCAUAGCCAUGGCUGCUCCUGGUUCCCUGCAGAAGCCAGAGGAAGAUUGGCGUGCGAUUUUGUCUCCAGAACAGUUUCGGAUUUUGAGGCAGAAAGGCACCGAGUAUCCAGGCACAGGGGAAUAUGAUAAGUUUUAUGAAGAGGGUGUCUACAACUGUGCAGGAUGUGGGACUCCUCUCUAUAGAUCCACAACCAAAUUUAAUUCUGGUUGUGGUUGGCCAGCUUUUUACGAGGGUCUCCCUGGAGCCAUAAAUCGCACUACCCAGAUGGCAGGAGGAUUGAAAUUACAUGCGCAGCUUGUGGUGGACAUCUAGGGCAUGUUUUUAAAGGUGAAGGAUUUCCGACUCCCACGAACGAGCGCCACUGUGUCAAUAGUAUAUCACUCAAGUUUUUCCCUGCAAAUUCUUAGCAACCGUAGUUUAUCAUAGUGUUAACAUUUGUUCAAAAUGAUAUAAACAUGGUAAAAAUGUCAUGUUUACUGGAAUAAUUUGUUACCAGCAAAAGCAGAUACUAUAUUUAUUGAUCAUAGUGGCAUCUUUAGUAUGUGCAAAUUGCUUUACUUGGACAUAAGAUCAGAGUUUUGGAAUAAAGAAUCGCUGCUGUGCUGCAA